GCAAUAAAAACUGCUGAUGUGCACCUUAUUCAAGUUCAUGCUUCAAUUCCAAGUACAUUAGAACAUUGUAUCAACCGCUAAAAACAACGCAUUGGUUGGAAAUGAAGUCGUUGCAUGUCUUAUUCUUUCUCUUGACUUCUCUCGAUUAUUCAAACAUGGUAGAGGGAGAUACCAGAUGUUUUAUGUGUUUAUCAGCUGACUCUUGGUCCAGCUGCGAUAGAGAUGCCAAACGGGUGUGGUGUUACUCAACCAGCACUUGUAUUAAAGGGAGUAUCAAGGGUGUUCGCAAUGCAAGCUCUAUUGAAUUAUUUUUCAAAGGCUGCGCCAAAACGUGCAAUAAACGGGAAGUCCCACAAUGCGCAGAUGGUCAACUGGAUUGCCAGAUUAACUGCUGCACAGACGGAGAUUACUGCAACGCGGGAACUGGUCUGUCUGCAAGUAUUCCGUUCACUUUGAUGCUGACUGGUACAGGACUGACGGCCCUUCUACGGCGUGGAAUUGUGUAAUGUUUGUAAGCCGAAAAACCAUACUAUYGGUUUGUCUAUCUAAUGUAAAACCAUCACCAAUAAGACAGUCCCUAACAUUCAAUGCAUAAGCACAACAAUGCACAUUUGAUUUCUUGUAUUUUCUGAUUUAUACAAAAAAGCUAACAAUAAAACAGCACUGUCUAAGAAAUUCACAUCAA